AUGCAGAAUAAAGAAGAGCGACAGCAAGAGGCCCCCGCACCCCUGAUGGUGCCGCGUGUCUGCCCGCUUCCGCUGGACGACGCCCAAGACGUGAGCCGCGGCCCACCCUCUGCACUUUUGCGCAGUGGCGAGCCUGGCUCCCUGCGGUGGGACAGCGUCAGCUUCUGGGACGACGGUGACACCACACCACACGCCGAGUCAUUUGCGCCGUCCAUGUUUCACGGAUGCCCGAGUGAAACAACAUCUGCCUCCAUGCGGUACUCACGUGUGACGUGGAAGCGGCAACAAACCCGGACCCGCCUGCAAGAUUGGUCCAAGUCGAAGCCCUACUCGUUUCACCGCGACGAACGCGUGUUCCUUAACCUUCCUAAGGAGGAGGUGGUGCAACGGAGCGGCUCGCACAGCCGUGAAAAUGGUCUUGGCAGCGAGACACAAAACACCGUUACUGCGGCCUCGUCGGACAGAAUGAGGGGGAGUACCGCCAGCGACAUUAAGCCAGCCCCCCUUACCAGGAGCCACCUUGAGAGACACGUCAGGGGCAGCGGUGUGGCGCCCCCCGGUCCGGUGAACGAGACACCUCGCACCAGCAGCGUCGCGGAGUGGAAGCCGUACUUGGCAUCCAGUGUGAGGCGCAACAUAAGUGAGGCCUUUGGCACACCGCAGUCAGGUGGCGGCUGCGGUGACAACACAGCUAGAUGUUCCACUGCGGCAUCGGCGCAGCGGUUUGGCGCCCCCCCACAGACGAAGCGUUCGUUGCAGGGAGCAGCAUCCACAAAGUCCCAAACAGUCGACUCCGAAGAGAGCGCUGACGAGGAGGAGGAGUUUGUCGCACGCUUUUACGCUGAGCAGCACGCACUCCGUCGGCAGUCGCAAAACCACCCCAACGGAGCGGACACACCAUUGCCCUCAACAGUCACUGCUGAGGGUAUCCACCACGACGAACCCUCCCAAAAAACAAGAAUUCCAGACCACACAUUACCGCAAACUACGUUGGGAGCGUCUCACGAGACUCAUAUUCCCUACACAGGCGGUGAGGACCCGAUUAAACCUGAUAGCACCCUACAGUCCAAGAAAAGCCCAACACCCAUCACCCUAGAACAAACUGACAAGCCUGUGAGUUGCACCACAUUGGAAGAAUUCCGUCAAUACAUCAUUCAAGGUAAAGCACGAAAAUUAGAACGGAAAAACGAAACAACAACCAUUGCUACGGUAACAGAAGAACAACAUAUUCAACCCUGCCACAUCACCAACACAACAAGCAAUGGAUUGCAUGGCAACAACCUCACCGCUGAAGAAAGUAUACCACUCGAACAAAGACCAUGGAAUAACAGCAUGGCUACAGUAGAAAAAAACGUCGAAGAAUACAAUAACAUCACAGCAGCUGCACAGCAGGGUGAGGAGCUGCUCGUCUGCGCACUGGCACUGGGUGAGGAGGAGCGGCAGGGCCGUGGUGCCAUUGCUGGGCAGGAGGAGGCCAACCGGAUCAGCAUGCUGAGUGCUGCACAGCAGGGUGAGGAGUUGCUCGUCUGCGCACUGGCACUGGGUGAGGAGGAGCAGCAGGGCCGUGGUGCCAUUGCUGGGCAGGAGGAGGCCAACCGGGUCGGCAUGCUGAGUGCUGCACAUCAGGUAGGGUGGUCCUCAUGUAGUUUUCCUGUAAGUGGGCCAGUGGUUGGGUCUUACGUUGGGGUGCUUGAAGACUCCAAUGCUCUUGCGGCGUGGCCUUCUUCUUGUGGUGUAGGAGGAUCGAAUAGUAAUGGUUCUGCAUUGCAGGAUGGUUCUUUGGCUUUUGAUGAUGUGGAGUCUACUGUUGUUAAGGGAGGUGUUUAUGAGGCACUUGUUGGUGAGUCUGCUGUUGGAAGUGCAAAUGCUGUAGUGGGGGAUGUUGCACCAGCUCCAGGUACUGUAGAUCGUCCCACAUACGACAUUUCUGCUUUAGCUGUGGAGGAAGGUCACCUUUCCGUCGUUGCUGGUGAUAUCGGGGAGGGGAGUAUCGCAGAUGCAUCUGAAACAUCAGUUGCUGUGGAUGCGGUUGUUGAUACACCGGUGCAUCCGAUGCUAUGUUCGCCUGGGGGGCGUCUGACGACGCUGCCGCAUGGUGAUCCCCUUGGCCCAGACUUGGAUGAGGAGAUGGAGCUUUCACCGAUGUACACGUGGUGGAGUUGUUUGAUGAGGCCAUUUGCGUGUUGUGGGGGCCGGGCGCAGCGGUACUACCUCUCAGAACGUCCUGAGGAUGUAUAA